AUUGAGUGUGCGGUCAAUGUAAUUCCAAGGUCACUGCAUAACUGCGCUCCGUUCUCGUUAAAUGACGGAUAGUCAUGGGUCACCAAAUAAACGGAUCAUCUACGUCACUCCUGAAGAAAUCUCAAGUCUUCCGUCAGAUGGGCCGAUUUACGUCUUGUCAACUGCAGAGAACCCAAAACCUACUUCUCAAACAGGUUCAUUGCAGUCAGCUUUGUGUAGUCAAAGCUCACUUCCUACAACUUGCAUAGGUACAGGUCUUACAGGCAGUGCAGUUACGGCCCUUUCAGUCUCCAGCUGUAAUUAUUUCAAUAAUGUCCCAUAUGCAGUACCAUUCCAAACUAAUGCUAUUCCAUAUCCUCCUCCUCCUAUGAUUUCAACAAAUGUGGUUCCUCCUUAUGGACUGUGCUCAACCUUUCAACGUCCAUCGUAUUCGGCCUGUCAACCAAUCCCCUGGUUAACAUCAGGCUUCCAAAACUCUACAUUCUACAACCCAGCUGGUGGUGUUUUCCCAUUAUCUACUCAGUAUGUACAACCCUACCAUACAUUUCCCGGUUUUCAGCCAGGCAUCCUACCAUCUCCGUUCAUCGGGACAUUCAAUCCGUAUCAACCACCUCCAUGUUUCUUUUCACCACAGCUUACUUGUAACCCAGCUAGCAAUAUCCAGGCACAUACUGUGGGUACAGUUGCCUCCUCUGCUACUACUGCUACUACUACUCUUACGUGUAUUCCUACAACAACAAAUACAGUUAGCAACACGUGGCGUCGUCCAUUCUCUCGAUCAACUGAAACAAAGGGGACUUCAGAGCCAAAUAACUUAAAAGCCGAUUCUACACCACUGAAACAGCUGAAGCCUUUACAAUAUACAAAACUGGUAUACACUUCAGAACCGGAUUUCUUCACUUUUGACGAUACUACUGGAUCGUAUGUAGCUACUCAAAAACUUAUAGAUUUAGAGAAUCAAUUUGAGAAUGAAGUGAUCGCUAGACGUCAUCGUGCUACUGUAAAUGAUCCAGUGAGACAGCCUCCUGAGCGUCCAGUACUUUCAGAUAGUGAUCACCGACGUAAUUCUCGUGCUUCUCAUCUACAUAAAUCAAAGAAGUCAUCUCGAGAUAGUAAUACUGGGAAUUCCCUACUGGAUAAUAUCGAUUCUGAUGGCAAUCUUGAUGAAAAUGAUGAUUUAGUCGAUGGGAGCGAUCAUGAAGAAGGUUCAGAAGAGAUGCGUUUAAAUGCAUUUAAAACAAAGUCUCGUCGUGGACGUAAAAGUAAAACCAUUCCAUUCAAUUCUGAAAGCAAGUGUAAAUUAAACAAUUCUAUGUUAAACUGUAUUUCACAAACAGUCAAUGGCCAUUCAAUUGGUCAACGCAGUAUUAGACAACAACGUGAAGUUGCUUACAAAGUUGAACAUCCUAAUCGAUUACAUCCUGAUAUAUGGCAUAAUGAAGCUAAUGAAUUCAAUGAUGGUCCAGCGUGUUCUUGCAAGCCAAAAUAUCGUAUAGGACCAUUGCAUAAUCAAUAUGAAGGAGAGCAGCCUAUACCGCCAUGUAUCCCAGAGUCGAAUAAUCGUGACCGACUGUAUCAUUAUCGGAUAAUUAUUUCUCCAACAACUAAUUUUGUUCAACCAAUCCCAUCAAAAGUAACACACAAUGGGAAUGAUUAUAUAUUUGAUGGGUUCUCAUUAUUCCUACAUUACAAAUUGGAUAAACCGCCUCCAUGUCAAGUUCUCCGUUUCAACUUACUGUAUGAUAUUUUUCCAAUUGAAGAAGAAUUCCCACAGUAUUUUACUGUUCGUUCAUUAGAUCUCCUUACUCAGUAUAUAUUUAUUGAGUUAUUAGAAUUGUUGGAUUUAAGCUGGAAACCAUAUGCAGCUGAAGAAAGUUGUAGUGUGAUACAUUUAAUGCCACGAUUUAUACGUUUAUUGUCAGCUGCUGAUGUAACAGGCCUUUCUAUGAUUAAUACCACUACUGCGACUACUGAUAAUGACAGUUCAAUGCAACACAAUCCUGAGUUAGAUGAUUCAAUUGCUAACUGUGUUAAUGAUAGUACUGAAAGUAAUAACGAUACAAUUGGUGAAUUAUUACCAGUCCAUGUGAUAAUGCAGUAUUGGUUAAAAGAAGCAUUGACUCCAGUAAUUGAUGUGAUGCAGUUGUCAUCGUUACAAAAAAUGUCUACAAGUGAAUGGUCAAAUUAUAUUUUUGAUCUACGCGGGACACUUGCUUGUUAUCCAGGGAAAAAACCAGCUGCUAUACGCAUAGAUCAGUUGGAUCGUCAAUCGGUUACAGGUCAACCGAAUGAAACAAUACUCAUUUAUCCACUCAUAGUGCAUAUGACGUAUACACCAAUGAAGUUGAGUUUAACACGUGAACCAAAGUAUAAAUGUGUGCUGAAAAAUUUCAUGAAGUUACAAUAUCUAAUGAUGAAUAAGCCAAGAAUUAGUCCAUCCGAUCGUGCACAAUUGGUUCAGCUGGCUAGUGAAUUAGAAGAGAUGGAGCAUUCUGGAGUACACCGACGUGAAGUGACUGUAGAAAUCAGUUGUGAAGGUUUCUAUCGAACGGGAAUACGACCGGAUAUACCACAGCAUGCAUUGAAUUUAGUCUCACUUAUAGCUCAUCUACGUUUUCAUAAAUCACUGGAAAGCUUGGAGAAUCGUUUAGGUUAUACUUUUACUGAUAAAUCUCUAUUACAUCAAUCACUUACGCAUCCAUCAUAUAGGCGAACAAAUUUCGGUACAAAUCAAGAUCAUUUUCAAAACUCUCUAGUUACAUGUGGUCCACGUAUCUUGGAGUAUGGAGAUAAAUUAGAAUUAUAUAAAGCAUGGCGUAAAAAAGGGCUGACAAAAAUGAUACAGGUUAUGUCAUUCCUCCCGAAAAUGCAUGAAGAACGGUCGAAUAUUUAUGGCAAUGAAAGAUUAGAGUUCCUAGGCGAUGCAGUUGUUGAAGUUAUCUCAAGCAUACAUUUAUUCUUCAUGUUUCCUGAACUAUCUGAGGGUCAUUUAGACGCCUAUCGUCAGGCUAUUGUUCAAAAUCAACAUUUGGCUGAAUUGGCUGUGCGAUUGGGUAUCCACAAAUUUCUUCUCUACACGCAUAGUGUAGAUUUUUGCUAUGAUUCUACAUUUAUAUAUGCUCGAUCAGACGCAUUUGAAGCUUUAAUGGCUGCAAUCGCUUUAGACGCUGGACUUGAUGUUGUAGAUAGGAUAUUUGGCGCAGUCCUCUUUGGCGAUGAUGAAAGAAUUCAUCGUGUAUGGGUACAAAUCCCACCACAUCCCUUACAAGCCCAAUGCCCUGAUGGUGAUCGAUCAUGGGCAACUAAAGUUCCUAUGCUUAAGAAAUUGUGUACACUAGAAGAUACUUUGGGAAUAAAAUUUAAGCAUCUGCGUGUAUUGGCUCGUGCUAUGACUAUCAGAAAGACAGGUUUCAAUUUUUAUACCCUUGGUGAUAAUCAACGUUUAGAAUUUCUCGGUGAUUCCCUGUUGAAGUAUGUUUCAACUGACUAUCUGUUUCGUCAUUUCCCUAGACAUCAUGAAGGACAUUUAUCGUUGCUAAAAAAUUCUCUAGUUAACAAAUAUACACAGGCUUCAGUGUGCAGUGAAUUAGGCUUAGAGAAUUAUGUUAUCCGUCGUGAAGAUAAUAGUAUGAAUCAAUGGGAUAAUAAAACAAACAGUAAUACAGGACUGAAUGGUAAUCACACUACUACUACUACAAGUAAAGCGGUGAUGAUUAAUCUACCUCCUAAACGGUAUAAAGGUAAACGAAAUAAGAGAGGACAAAAACAAUCAAAUCAUUCUGCUGGAAGUAAUAAUAAUAGUAGUAGUAAUAAUAAUUCUUGUAAUCCACAAAAUCAGAAUGUCAAGUAUCGAGCUGAUUUAUUAGAAGCAUUUAUCGGUGCAUUAUUUGUCGAUAAAGAUUUAACCUGGGUUGAACGUUUCUGUCAAAUCUGUUUUUGGCCACGUCUUGUAGAGUUUAUUUUAAAACAAGAAUGGAAUGAUGCAAAGUCAAAGUUACAACAGUGUUGUCUUACUUUUCGUUCAUUGAAUGAAGAUCCUGAAAUUGCACAUUAUAAAGUUUUAGAACAUAGUGGUCCAACUAAUCAACGUGUUUAUCGUGUUGGUGUUUAUUUUCGUGGUCAACGAUUAGCAACUGGUCAAGGCAGAUCUGUACAACAAGCACAAAUGGAAGCAGCUAAAAAAGCCUUAGAAUUACAUCAAGAUACAUUUCGUCAAUUGGAUUUUCAACGUUCUGUUAUAUCCAGACGGUAUAAACAACCGUAUAUUAAUAAGAUAUUGAAUCAAGUGCAAAAUUGGGAUGAACAAUUAGUGGAUUAUUUCAUACCAGAUAAGAAUAAGACAACGGCAACAACAACAACAACAAUGACAACAGAAACAAUAUCAAGCAUCACUACUUCCUUAACUACUACUACUGAUAGCGACAAUAGUAGUAUUAGUAAUAAUAAUAAUAAUGAAGGAAGUACUGUUGACACACGUAGUAUUAAUAUACGCAGUACUGAUUCUAGUACUGUUAACAAUGUUAAUAACCAGAAUGAUGGUGAAAUUCAGAAUUCACUGUCAGACUAUGUUGAUUCAGAAGAUAAUGGUGAUGAUGAUAAUGAUGAGUUAUUCCACAAUAAUAUUGCUAAACAUCGAUAUAUUCAAAGAAUUCAGAGUGAUGAAACAAUAUCACUUACAUCUUGUGAUAGUAUACAACAAAGUAAUCUCAAUUUUAUAGAAUCUAUAAGUGACGAUGAGAAUAUGAUCAGUCAAAUAGAAAGUGAACAGGUUCAACCAGAUGUCAACUCGUCUUUAUCCCCACUUUCAAAACCAUCAUCACCGAUGUGUAUAUUGCCACAAUUAUCGACUUCAACGGUUGAUAAUUUACACUCACCGCCUAAUAAUAUCAUUGACUUCAACGAAAACAACUUGGAACUGUACAAUGAUGUAGAAGAAGAUGACUCCAGUGAGGAAAGUGGUGAUGAGAAAGAGGAAGGUGAAGUAUUCGAAGAUGUCGAUGAUGAUGAUGAGGAGGAGGAGGAAGAGGAGGACGACGAUGAUGGCGAAGAAGACGAUGACGACUCAUGUGAUAGCGACACUGAUGAUACUGGCAAAAGUGCUGUUGCUAUUAGAUAUUGUGAUUACUCUGAUACGAUCAAGAAAAAGCAUUUUUCUCACUUUAAAUAGAUAUAGACAGAUGAAGACUAGUGGAAGACAUGAGUUUUGAUGUUGAUGUCAAAAACACAUUUGACUAUAUCUAUUCAAUGCAUUUCACGUACAUACACGCACGAAUACACUCAAAUCGGUGAAUUUAUCAAUUAAUCGUUUUUAAGUAUAGACAAAAGUGGAGUCAUUGGUCGCCUUUUCCCUAUCUCUUCCAAUUGUAUCGUCUAAUCUCCUUACGCUCUCUUUCUCCCUACACACAUGCAUUCCUUGCAAUCUAUAAUCAUAAAUUUAGGCUUUUUACUUAUAUUAUCUUUUUUUUUAAAUAAAAUUAUCGUAAUUUUUAUAUUUUUCAAUCGUGGGAAAUAAAUUGAUCUAGGUG